AUUUUAUUUAUUUUAACAGGCAUUUCCCGUUGCAUACGCAUUAAUGACCCGAAAAACUCAAAUGGCGUACACAAGUGUAUUGGACCAUAUUAAGACUUGUGUUCCGGGGAUUAGUGCAAGUAACAUUGUCACUGACUACGAAGUAGGGUUGAGCAAUGCGUUGACCAACGUUUUUUCCGGAGUCAGAUUACAGAAAUGCUGGUUCCAUAUGGCCCAAGCACUCGAAAAGAAUGCAAGAGACUUUGGCAUACGGAGACAAGUAUACAGGACUGACAAUGCACUGCAUACUAUGUUUCGUAUGUCAAAAGCUCUUGCACUUUUGCCGGCAAACAUGAUAAUUGAAGGCUUCGAAGUGGUGGUCAACGAGGCAAGGCUUUCUCCAAAUACUGAGGUUGCAGAAAGAUACAUUACAUAUUUUAGAAAUCAGUGGAUGGAACGUGAGUUAUUCUAA